AAUUAUUUGUCUGCACUUUACACGAGCUACUGUUUCUGUACAUAUCUACCAAAAAAAACUGAUGAAUGAAUGAUGACUGUUAGUUGAUUCUGACACUUCUCACCCAAAAAGAUUCAAUCUUUAUCUGAUCUCUCACAAAUCUGAACCCAACCCAUUUCAUUUUACUCCCUAUUCUUGUCAUUUACCCGGUUUUUUUCUUGGAAUUUGAGCUCAGAUUAGUGUCAUUAUUAGUAUUACUCAUCUGGGUUGUGAGUAUAUGAUUGAUUAGGUUCAAAGAGCGGUGAAUUCGUGGAGGUUAAUCUUCUAAUGAACUUCAGAACCUUGUUCUUAAUUUUUGUGGCUCUAUGCCCUGCACUUUCAGCACAAAUUGUUAAACAAAUAGUACUUACGAUUGAUGCAUCUACGAAAGUUGCCUGGACAGAUGCUAAUUACAUUUGUGCUACCAUUGAUUGGUGGCCUAAAGAGAAGUGUAACUACAAGCAAUGUCCUUGGGGUUCAGCAUCCAUUCUAAAUCUGGAUUUAACUCAUCCAUAUCUGGUGAAUGCUAUACGAGCUUUCAAGGGUUUGAGAUUACGGCUUGGAGGUUCUUUACAAGACCAAGUAAUAUAUGGCGUUGGCAACUUGAUAUCUCCUUGCAGACCAUUCACCCAGCAUAAGGAUGGGUUGUUUGGAUUCUCUAAGGGAUGCUUACCUAUGCAGAGAUGGGAUGAGCUAAAUAACCUUUUCAAGAAGACAGGAGCACUUGUGACUUUCGGCUUGAAUGCACUGUAUGGGAGACGACAGGCAAAUAGGCAUGCGUGGGUAGGAAAUUGGGAUUCCAGCAAUGCCCUUAAUUUCAUAAAAUACACCGUUGCCAAGGGCUACCACAUACACUCGUGGGAAUUUGGAAAUGAAUUGAGUGGUAGCGGGAUUGGUGCAAGAGUUGAUGCUGCACAGUAUGGAAAAGAUGUUUUCCAGCUGCACAAUCUCUUAAACCAAGCAUAUCAGAACACCCCCGAACGUCCUCUACUAUUAGCACCAGGAGGAUUCUAUGAUCCUGGGUGGUUCGGCAAGCUCCUUCAGGUUUCAGGGCGUGGCACUGUCAAUGUCUUGACACAUCAUAUUUAUAAUCUUGGCCCGGGGUCCGAUAGCAAGCUAGUGGAUAAAAUUUUAAAUCCUGAAUACCUGAGUAGAACAGAAGGCACAUUCAGCAGUCUUACUCAAACCAUUCUAAGAAAUGGUCCUUGGGCUUCAGCUUGGGUUGGAGAAUCUGGUGGAGCCUUCAACAGUGGAGGUCCUGAUGUGUCUAACGCCUUCGUAGAUAGCUUUUGGUACUUAGAUCAGCUUGGCAUGGCAGCCAAGCAUCAUACUAAAGUAUACUGCAGACAGACGCUUAUAGGUGGAAAUUAUGGGCUUCUUGAUACUGCUACGUUUAUUCCAAAUCCUGAUUAUUAUAGUGCACUUCUUUGGAAUAGACUGAUGGGAAAAGUAGUUCUUGGUGUUGUCAACAGCGCAGCACCACAUUUGCGCACUUAUGCCCACUGUACAAAAGAUAGAGCAGGUGUGACUUUACUUCUGAUAAAUUUAAGCACUCAGAUUCAGUACCAAGUCAACAUCCACUCUACUGCAGAAACCAGCUUGCAAGUUGGUAAAAAAAUGGAUCACAACAAGAAGUCAUUCGCGCGCAGUAUUAAGCAAAGUGUUUCGUGGGUAGGAACCAAAUCAUCAGACAUUACACUAUCGCGAGAAGAAUACCAUCUAACGCCAGAAGGUCGCAACAUUAGAAGCAGAACAAUGCUCCUCAACGGGAAAUUAUUGCAACUCACAGAAACAGGAGACAUUCCAAGCUUGUCUCCAGUCUUUACAAAUCUCAACUCUCCAUUAUCUAUUGAACCAUUGUCCAUCAAGUUCAUUGUUUUUCCUAAUUUUAAUUCUCCCAGUUGUACAUAGGACAGCUUCAAAUACAAAAUAUAAAUGUGGCUACAAUAAUACCAACCCCUUAUAGCUGAUUAUAAUUUUUACAUGGAAUAACUCAUUAUUCAUUAUAGAAUCAAAUAUACCAGUUCAACUUAUUCUUA